ACAAACGAAUCAAUUUGACAGUGUUCAGGUAUUUGUCUUUGCAAUUCUUCUAACAAUUGUUUUACGUUACUUUGGGUUAACUGUGCUUUUAUUUACUUUUUAACUGAAUUCUUAUUGUAUAUUUAAUGCAUUAUUAUUAUAUUAUUCAUAUUAUUGUUUUUAAAAUUUUCGUGACAAUUUUUUACAAUCGUCUACUCUACAUAAUAACCAAUACUACACUCCAUAAAAAAAAUAUUACAACAUCAGUCGCUUAAAUUCACCUUGCUAUGUAGUUAGAUAAGGAAAGUUUAUUUACCCCUAAACAUUUAUAUUGAAUAAAAAUGUUGUUGGGAUGCAGGCCAGUUUGUCGAGUUCAAAGUUUUUCCAUUAUCAUUAAAGAGUGUUUUGCAUAACCGAAAUGAAAAACGCAGAAAUGAACAAAAUGGAUCAGGAAAAGCAACCAAUGACCAGUGAAACAACAACAGUUAAGGAAUAGAAUGGUUGUGUUAAGGUAACAAUCCCAGAAGACACUGGAGUGAAAUUUACCGGCCUUUCCAAAGAUGAGCUUAUAAAACUUGCCGGUUCUGCUGGGUAAUCAUCUAUCUACAGUAUCUGACUAUCUGUCUGUCUGUCAGAUUUCCAUUGAAAAAUUUCCUACAGAUGUAUUCUGACUCGUACAGUCUUGCUGGUUCUGUUCUGGCUUGGCAUUUUAGCAGGUGCAGUGAUCAUUAUUGUACAGGCUCGACGGUGUUAACCCAUUCCUGAGAUGAACUGGUGGAAUAAAGGUCCUCUCUACCAGAUAUCCAACGUGAAGGACUUCUCUGACCAAGGAUUGAAAGUCGAAGAGAAACUAGACUAUCUGAACCAGUUAAAGGUAAAGGGUCUUGUUUUGGGACCCAUACACACAGUGCAAGCAGACCAGCUGAGCUCUCUAAAUCUAACUGCUAUUGAAUCUGAAGUAGGCACUGAAAAUGAACUGAAAAGCCUGGUUGACCAAGCACAUAAAAAAGGUGAGACCUGAUUCUUGAUUUCUUGUCUUUCAGAAGCAUUAUGUGAAUUCUCUCUCUCUCCUCUCUCUCUCUCUCUGUCUCUCUCUCUCUCACGUAUUUUCAUAGUGUUGAAUUUAACACCCAACUAUGAAGGACCUUCUGCAUGGUUCAGCAAUGCUUCCACUGUUGCUGAGAAACUUAAAAGUUCUAAUGGGCUCAGUCAAUGGUCUCUUCAUGAAUGUGGAUAAUGUCUCUUGCUUGCUGAACCGUUCUGGUGCUGACCUUCUGACAAUUGAACUGUCUGAUCAACUCGAGAUUCAGGAAGUGCAGAAACUCUACUCUAAUCACUUACAGACCAGCAUGGGCUGGAGCCUAAAUAGAGGGACCCUGGGAACACCAGAAUCUACCAAACUGUUUCAUGACCUGCUGUUCACCCUGCCGGGCACACCGGGGUUAAACGCUGGAGAUGAGAUGGCAUUAAAGGCCGGGGAAAAGCCUACAGAAAUGUGGGACUUAGAAAGCCAAGCAGAAAGGGCUAAUGCAACAACAAUGGCUGGGCAGGAGGAUUGUAUAACAGCACGUGAUUUCUUCAAAGCAUUCGGUGAUCUCAGAAAGAAUGAGUUAGCUCUUCUACAUGGAGAAAUUAUCAACCUUAACAGCAGUGACUCUUCAUUAGCAUUUCUCCACCUGUGGGACCAGAGUGAACGCUUCAUUACUAGCCAUAAAUUGGGGAAAUUACACUGUUCCCUUGACGCUCACUAACAGCAGCUUACCAGCUCAAGCUCAAGUUGUCAUUUGCAUUGACACAACAAAUCUAGCCGUGGACAGCAUGGUGUCAUUAAAUAAGUUUCAACUUGGGGCCCAACAGGCUGUUCUGCUGUCUUUUGCUUAUGCUGGUUGGACACAGAGUUCAAUUAUAAAUGUCCUAUAACUGCUUUGUUUUAUCUAAAGUCUCAACAAUUAAACAGGGUUUGAGAGUCUUUCACAAGUUUUAAGAAAUUUUUCAAAUCUUUGCUAUUUAAAAUGGACAUGUUUCGUUUUGUAUUUUUUCUGUGUUUAUUAAAUUCAAUCUGUUUUGUAAAAGUAACAUUACAAACACAAAUUUGAAUAUUUUAAAUAUUUCAUUUUUUCCAUAUAAAAUACCCAUA